AUUCUUGGGAGUACCAAACAAUGAGGGGACGAAAUUCCUCUACAUUGUUUGGAACCAAAACCCGCGUUUAAUCAAAUAUGGCGUCGACCAAGCGAAGAAUGGAGGUAGAUGCCCCAAUGGAAGAAGAUGAUGCGUUUGUAUAUGUUUUUGACAGGCGCGAUAAAGAUGCACCUGAUGUUAAAAUACCUACUGGUGGUCUCUUUAGCUUUGACGAUUUUAAGGAAAGAGUAAGAGAGGCCUUGCAGAUCAAGAAAAAGGACUUUGUCAUUGCAACCACAAACCGAGAGGAAAUUCGAGAUGAUGAAACUUGGGAUGACAUCGAUAAUGGGGACACACUUUAUGUCCUGAAAAAAAUCAAUCAAGAACUCUGUGCACCAGCUGAUGAAAGAGUUAGCUUUGUGCCACAUUAUGACACAAUUGUGAAAGGGGGACUGUAUGAGUACUAUGCCUCGGAGGGCCAAAAUCCACUGUCCUAUGCUUUUGCUGAAUUAAUUGACAAUGCACUGUCAGCAACCGCAGACAAUGUUGGACCCCGGAACAUCGACAUAUUGUUGCAUUUCGAUGAUGGAAAGCCAUCAAACCAUGCUAUAUUUUUGAUUGAUAAUGGAAGAGGCAUGACGCCAAGACAGUUGAACAACUGGGCCAUUUAUCGACUCUCAAAAUUCAAACGCAAAGACAAACGAGGAAAAGUGAGUUUCGUUGAGGGAGAAGAUGAUGAUGAACUGGUGGAACAGAAACAGGCCCCCCUCUGUCUGAACAGCGAUAUCUCCUACUUUGGAGUCGGAGGGAAGCAGGCUGUAUUCUUUAUAGGACAUUCCACAAGGAUGAUAACAAAGCCCAAGGAAGCCCAGGAUGUUCACGAACUGACAAUGUCUAAAGAGGAGUUCAAACAGAGAGAAAUCAACAAGGAGUCUGUGUACAGUGGUUACAUCAGGAACAGAAAGGUAGGGGAUGCAUCUCACAUACCGUCAGAAAAUGAAGUGCUGCGUAGCAUCAUCAAUGAGGAGAAGAACAAGGAAAGUUUUACUGUGGUGGAGAUCGGAGGAAUCAGCACGAGUCAUGUCACCUAUCUCAGACAACGUCUCACCGACUGGACAAGACAGCUUGCACACAUUUACCACUACUACAUUCAUGGGCCAGAAGGGAAUCGUGAUGAAGACGAUGAAGAACAUCGUUCGAACACGCCUUUCAAGAAUAUCAACAUCAGGGUUAAACUGUUCGUAAAAGGAAAGCCAGCGACGGACAUCAACUUGCGAGAUAUCUAUGAUGACAUGCAGUCACAGUAUGUCAGGAAUUCAGCCAGCCAAUUCUUCUUUAAGGCAACCACUGAGGGGUCAGGAGUGGUGGAGGGCAUUAUCCGCUAUCAUCCGUUCAUGUAUGACAGUGAAACCUACCCUUCUGAUAUAAACGACCCCAGAGUGGAACCAGACUUUGAUGAACAUGACUAUGCGGUGAAUGUCAAACCAGCCAGAGGAAGGCGCCCCAUAUUUGAGUGUUACUGGAAUGGGAGACUGAUUCCGUACACUAGCAUUGAAGAGUUUGACUGGUGCUCAGAACCCAAGAAGAGUAGGGCUAUUGCAACAGAAUGCUGGAAUAGGAUCUCUGGUGUGCUGUUCACCAACGACAACUUCCAGGUCAGCACCAAUAAGCUGACCUUUCUUGACCUUGAAAUGAGGUUACGGGAAAAGAGCACAAUAUUUUCUAGAAUUGUCAAUGGACAGGAGAAGCGAACCUCUGUUGAGAAAGAGUUUCUGAACUGGUUGAAGGAUUGUCAUGAGCAGCAUGAUAAACAGAUUCACUUCACUGGGUACUGGGGACAAAUUACGAGGGCGGACCUGCCCAAACAGAGGCAGACCCCCUGGGCUCAGUACAAAAGUGUUGUCUGGGACAACAAGACCUUCAAAGUGGGACAGAUGGUAAAGAUACUGAGAACGACACCGGUACUGUUAGGCACAAUCAAAAACUUCUAUCUGUAUGGGGAGCACGAAGGGGACACCUUUGCAACAGGUGGUGAAAUUGAGAUCCAACAGGAACCACAGUCCCUGUACAAUGAGGUCAGAGUGGUGCCGCUCUCCAGGCUGGACCGACUCUGCAGUGCUGCAUCGGUCAAGCGUUACCUAGAAGAGGAAGAGUCCAAAUUACCAGCUAAUUUGAUUGUCGCUUGGCCUGAGGGUGACAUUGUCAAACCUAAUGAGAAAAGGCCGGCAGGAAAAACAAUUGGUGCACUGAAGAUAGAAAUUGAAAACAGAAAAGGAGAAAAAAUUCAGAAACUUCCAGGAACGAGUGCUCAGGCCUCACAAAAAAAAUUGUUGGUGGAGUUAAAAGUCAUAUGGCAUGGGCCAAAUGGAGAUCAGACAAUCGUAUCACACAUCAGCCAACAUGGGAAGACCUGGCCGUACUGGUUCAGGAAAAUGGAGAACAUACACAACCUGGGCUCACAUACUCUACAGUUACAAGUGGUGUUAAAUGAGAGUGGAUCCACCAUCUAUGCAGGAAAGAAUCUCCCAUCCCAUCAAAUCAAGUUUAAUGUCACAGAGGCAGAACCGGAGAAGUUUACGGUGGGGAUGCUGGAUGGUGUCUUCAGAAUCGGAGAGCCUUUCUCUAUUCCACUUGUGUUCAGAGAUGCAUUCAACAACAUCACAAAACCUCCGGCCUCAGUCACACCAACCAUUGAAGUCAGAGAUAUUGAUAUAUCAUAUGAGAAAACCGUCGUGAGGGGAAACAAUCUAAUCUUGACAGGGAUUGUAGCCAAAGGCAUCAUCAGUGAGAAAGGGAGUUAUGGUGCUACUAUCACAGUGCCAGGUCUUCGAGAAAAUGCCCAAGCUCUGAAAUUAAGAAUUUUCCCAGGGCUGCCUAAGGAGUUACGGAUAGAACCAGAAGAGGAACUGACCAUAGAGAAUGGAACAGCACCGGUCUUCAGAGUGGAAGUGUUGGAUAUGUCGGGCAAUAUCACUACAAACACAAACAAAGGUCUUGUCGUCACCUGCAAGUAUACAGGCUUGCCUGCUACCCUUGUCCACACAGUGGACUGUUCUUCUACGGGGUGUGGUAACAUCACAGGGGAUCCGAUCCUGCUGAAGAAGGUCAAGGACCAUCACAAAAUAACAGCCAAAUUUGAGAUUCCUAGUAGGAAGGAUGUUGCUGCUGUGGAGCGGACAGUUCUGAUCACUCCCAGUAACUCCAUCUCACACAUCGAGAUUAAACAGGAAGAGAACAAGCGACAGCGGCUACUGAAACAGGGAGAAAGCAUUAUGGGAAAAGCAGGGGAGGUCAUCACUGGAUUAACAUUUUCAUUAUACGAUGAGGCAGGAAGGAUUGUAACCAUAACUGAUAAAAUCUUCCCUAAGAUCAAGGUCAAUUGGACGCCGAAGUUGAACCAAGAGAUGAUUUUAUCUGGGAACCUGCCAUCAAUCAAAGUCCCGGCCUCUGUGACAGACCUUAAGUACUGCCAGGUGGCCAUUCAUGAUAAAUCCAACGUAGAGUUCAGCUUCACUGUCAAUGCAAUGCCCGCUGAACCAAACCAAAUGAAGUGUAAAUGCCAGGGACCAGCAGUGGUACAGAUUGGAGAAGUUCUGAGCAGCGAUAUACAAAUCACUGUCAAGGACAAGUUUGGAAAUGAAAUCACAGAUCUUCCAAAGAAUUCCGCACACGAAGUGCAAGUGACAGGAGAUGGCUUACAAGAACAGUUAGUCAAGGUGUCUUCCAACAAGAAUGGGUUCGUUGUCAACAAUGUUCAGUUUGAGAGAGGCAAGAUAGGAUCCAAGGACCUGAAUGUCACGUGGCGGGAUCUGCGAGAUUUUGUACGGAUAGAAAUGAUUGCUGGGCCUCCAGAAACACUGUCCCUACCAGGAUGGGAUUGUGAAGAGGCCAUUACGGUGCUGAAUGAGAGCAGACUGCCGAGGUCUAUUGUAGUACAGCUGUGUGAUCAGUUUGGAAACCCUGCCAAGGUGGCUGAUGUCAGAGUGCAGUUAACUAAAGAGGGAAAAAUAAAGCUCUAUCCUCCGCCCACUCCUUUGAAAUCCAAUGCUCAGGGGCAGGUGGACUUUGGAGUCCUGACACUGACUGGACCAAGAGGUACAUAUGAACUCCAACCCAAGGCAUUUGUCAGCAAGGCAGACCCUAUCCUUGGUCCCAAAAUUCAGGUUCAGCUUCAACCAAAUCUAAUGAAGCCGACGUCUCUCUCGGUGGAGUACGACAAGAAGGCAAACUUUGUAGUGGGUGAAAAAUUACCAGAGUUCACAGUGAAGGUGCUGACUGAGGAUGACCACCCGAUGGCCAGUGCUAAAGUCUCUAGUCUCUCCCUCAAGCUGUGGAAGAUGGACGCCAAUGUGUCCAGUGGUCCACCAUCCAGGGCAUUAUCCUAUAGCCCAGAAGCCGUGAAGGGAAGCCCAGGAGUGUUUCUGUUUAAGGAGAGAAAGAUGCCAGAGAGUGCUGCAGUCCACCAGAUAAUGAUCACUUAUUAUGAUGGCCAGUACGAGUUGUUCAGCAAUGUUAUAACAGUCCAUAUAAAACCAGCCCCUCCCAUGCAGCUGCUACCCGUCGACAAUCCCGGCACGCCCACAGUGUCCAACACAAAGGUCGCCAGCUCUAGAUGUGUGGUCCGCAACUUGAGACUGGAAUUGAGGGAUUGUCAUGGUAACCCAUCUGGCACAGGAUACAAUGGAAAAGUGAAAGUCGAGAUUUGUGGUCCAGAGGAUGUGACAGAGAUUCCAUGUUUUGUGGGGGGUGGUAGAACUCUUGACAUUCCGCUAAACAAUGGGGCAUGCUUUCUCAAUAACUUAAUCCUACAAGAGAAUGCACCAGGACAGGAUGGACAGGAGUACCAGCUGCGGUGUGAAGUCCAGUGUUCCCUCGUCCCCAGAAAUAAGGCCAUUCCACCGCUCGAGAUCCCAUUCCUCUUUUAUAAUGAUGCGAAGAAGCAAUCUCAGAUGUCCCAGCUGUCCAAACAGAGGGACAACUUACAGAAGGUGAUCAACACCUACCGGUCCCUGUUCGACACAACAGACAUGCUGACUAAGGAGCUGGAAACAUCUGUCCAGGAAGCAGUGCAGGAAGAAAACAGAAUCAAGGAGGAACUCCGUAAAUUACGAGUCAGCCUACAGCAGUUAAACAGUAUUGAAAAUGUAGGAAAGAUGAUCGAGAACAAGAAAACGGAGAAAGAAAAGUACUUGCAGAUGAAAAGGAGGUCGUGUGGGUUAUCGCAAAUACCAGGAGGUCCGGAAGUCAUCGGCAAGAUUGGCCAUUUGGCAGAGAUUGAAGACAAGGACAUAGCCAGGGUGUUGUCCUGGCACAUGUCCUCAGACAUUGACUGUGUCGUCACCAGCACAACCAAAAUGGCCAAAGAAGUGUACAAGCAGACAAAUGGGAAACAACAGGUGCUGCCUCUCGAUUCCAUCUUCAAAAAGAGUCUUCCAGAUUGGAGGAAACCCCUCCCUCACAUUCGAUACAGAUCUGGUUGGAGACCCCCAGGGAAUCCAGCAUAUGCUCGAGAUUUUCUAGAGUUCCCCCAACACAAAGAGGAAUGUCAAAUUGUGUUUGGGAUGCUGUUGGGUGAUACCUUAAUUCUGGACAAUCUGGAUUCUGCAAACGCUUACAGACAAGAGAUAGUGAAAUUUACACAUUGUCCCACAAUUCUCACCAGGGAAGGGGAUCGUAUUCGUAGUAAUGGCAAGUUUGGUGGUCUGAUGAAUAAAGCAGUACCCUUUGAGAAGUUGCGGGGAGCAGUGUUUGGGGAGCCGCUGCCCUCACAGUACAAAGAGUCGGAGACAUUGUUGGAAAUCCUUCAGAGACUCAAAGUUGCGAUGCAGAAGACACAGAAAUCCCGAAAUGAACUGAAAGAACAAUCCAGCUACAUAGAACUGCCAGAGAUGAAGAACAAAAAGAAGGAGUGUCAGGAAGCCGAAAAGCAGCUGAGGGAACUAGAACAAAAAUUGGGUGUGACGUCCAUGCCGUACCGAUCUCGAACUCCACAAGUUAUUUCACCUGAUGUCAUCUCUCCCAGUAAACGACCCCGCACUGCCAACCGUACACCUGUCAAUGGGACAGAAUCCACGCCCACACCCAGCCCAAGCACUACUUUUACCCCCACCAGACAAAGCAAGAGGCUGGCCUCCAUGACCCCAACAUCAGAGGAUAGUCGCAAAAAACCACGAAGAACGUGAACAGAGCGGAACGUGCAAGGAGUAUGCCAGUACUGUGGCACAGUGUUUGGGAAAACAUGUAGGGCAUUAAAAUUCAUGUGUGCACAGCAAGGCAGCUGGAUAGUGGAUAGAUACUAUUUAUAUAGAGCCUUGAACUGACGAAAUAACUGGAUGUAACAGUUGAUAGAUGUAUAAACACUAUCUCGGUGGAUGCAGUAACUAUACAUUGUAGCAGGUAUUGGGGAAAUGCUGUAUAUAACUGAUUAAUAUGGAAUCAGUGUAAAUAGCCGAUUAAUCAGCAAUCCAUGAAUAUUUUAUGUGACACGUGAAAUAUUUUAAUCUGUGAUUACUGUCGUGAGGAUGAAUUGUUCUGGGAAGAAGGAUUGACUUCAACAAGAAAUAUUCUACUCUGAAGUUCAUUUGGACAUUAAUCAUAGUGUUACCAAACAUACACGUACUGCUGUAAGGUUUAAAUUUGUUGCAGGGUCUGAUCUUUGAAAACCAUUAUCAUGUAUUCACAGUGACACACACACUCACAGACAGUACAGUCGAUUGUAAAACAGUUGGUAUAACAUUGAUGUUUGCUUCCCAGUAGUUUUUCUGUUUUAAUUUGUUUUAACUACUAGUUAUUCAAUGUUUUAUUAGUUUCAAAAUUACAGUUACUAAAAUGUGUGAACAGUAUAUGUACAGUAUACCUUAAAAUACAUGCACAUGUAUGUCUGUUAUAUUUUGAAGAGUUGUCGAAUAAUACACUGUUUUUGUACUUAUUUUAGUACAUUUCAAAUUCGGUGGAAUCGGUGCUGAAUUAUAUAUUUUUUAUCAUCAAAACUUCUUAUAACGUAAAUUAGAUUAUAUCUUAUGACACUGCGCUUUUAACGUCAUUUUGACGUUACCAAAAUUGACACCAAUAGCGUGCGCGACGUCUUAUGUUAGUGCAAUCUUGGAUUAAUGAUCUGUACACUUACUGUGUAGUACAUGGUAAAAAAAAAGACUACCUUUAAAAAGUACCUUUACUCCAAUUAAUGUUGUGAAUGAAGUGAGAAAAUUUUACUGUUGUCAGAAAAGUGGGCUGACAUACUGAAGUGUUGUAUUCCGCCAUUUCGGAUUCCCUUUAGUCCAUUUUAUCUGUUUGGCACUAUAAUACAUCAAUUUAUACAGUGGUUUCAUGACUGUUUCUCUUAAUGUUUAUGUGUUUGUGCCAGAACGCAAAACCACAUGAUUAAUUGGCAAGUACAAGUUUUGUGUAUAAAUGAAGAACAUAAAAUAGUUCUCCAUGGAAUUACAUAUUUGGGUGACUGUAUUCUUUGUGAAGGUCAUGUGAUUUGGCAUCCACCGCAAUUCAUAUCACUCCAGUAUUAUAUGCAGGCUUUUAAAAAAUAUUUACUCAAAAGAAAAUAAGGGUGCAAAUAUUCUCUGUAUGGUGUGGACCUGUUCUAAAUCCUUAAAAUCACUUCUGAUUUUUAAAGCGGUUUACUGCAUUUAAACAAUAAGAAUACACAGCUUACUAAUAUGCAGCUCUACGUGUGUGUUAUUUAGAAAAAUGGGGAUGAUCCUUAUGAAUGUAUGACUUCUGGAUGUUUAACCAUUAGAUAAAAUGUUCCAUUGUUACAAAUGUACCGAUCUCAGCAACAAAAUUAUUUAUAUCAUUGCCACAUAGAUUAUUUUUCAGAGAUCAGAUGGGUUGACAAUGUUGGAACAAAAAUGUUUUAAAAUGAAAAAAACAAGGCCUAGCAGUCACUGAUAAAAACAAUGGCAGAAGAUGAAAUGCUUCAUUUCUUAUCAGUAUAUAUUGUGGUCAUGAAAAUUCGAGUACCUAUUCCAAAAGUGUUCACAUUUUAAGGGGCCAAAUUAAAUCCAUAUCAUAAAUCUUUGCCAGUAUUCAGUUAUGUACAUUUUGUAAAGAAGAAGAAGAAUUAGUGAAGUUAGUCAAAAGAGUGUUUGUGUUUUCAGUACUUCAGAGUGGACAUUAAAAAUGUGGAUCUCUAUAUUAAAGAGUUGGGAACUUGUAAUAUUUCUGACAUGUUCUGUUUUUGUAAUUUUAUUAAAAGUAUUAUUAAUUGAAAUUUUCAACCAGUUUUAAAAAUUCCAUUGUAUGCACUGAUGAAAUAUAUACAUUGUAUGUUCGCUCAAACAGUACUGUAUUGAUCAUAUUAAAUUCUGAUGUUGUUUC